GAUUGCCCACAACGCUUCCAAGCAAGAAGCUACCAGCCACUGCGCACACCAACCAACCAACCAGCCAUGUUGGCGCGUGCUGCCUUUGCUGGUGGUGACGAUUCUGAUGAUGAUGGUGAGGAUGUGCGGUCGCAGGGUGAGCUGGAGUGCGUCUCAUGCGGCCAUGUGAGCUCGGGGCAAGAUGGAAGCGAGUUGGUUAUGUAUAAGCUAACAGGCGACAAGCUGUGCUCUGCUUGCUGGUGCUUCACCUGUGAACGCCCUCUGCGACGCUUUGGGCUCUCCCUGCCUCAACAAGCCAAGGACUCAUGGGCGUCGACAGGCAAGACGCGCAUCGCCAUUUGCACCUGCACCAAGACGACACCGCGACAAGCAACCCCUGGGCCAAACGACCCUGCCACCCCUUCAAAGCAAUCUGUGGCAACAAGGGCUACACCGCCGCCGCCGCCGCCUCCAUCAGAGCCACGAUCUCCAUCUCCUUCAUCACAGCCUUGGCACCCGUCGCAUGAUGAGGUGCUGGAGGAAAUCCGUGAUUUGAAGUCGCUGUACAAGCAAGGGCUCGCAACGCCUUCUGCGCAGCCCGCACAGGAGCAGAGCGUACAGACAUCGCCCGCGCACCAGCUUCAGCAGAUGAUGCUGCUGCACCAGGAGCACCAGCAGCGGCAGCAAGACGCAGCGAGGCAGCAGCAACUACACGACAAGCAGCAGGCGCGGUUGGAGGAGAGCGCAUCUGCGCUGCGCAAGGAGGUGGCGGCCCUGGAACUGCAAAAGGCGGCGGUGGUGACGGAUAUGGAGCGGCAGCGGUUUGAACUGCAGGUGGAACAGAAGCGACUCGAGCUCGAGGUGCAGCAGCUUAAGGCCCAGCAGGACAUGCGCGCGGCCCAGGCGGAGGCCGCGGCACAGAUGCGGCACAACGAGGUGGCGGCGGAGGUGGAGGCGACACAGCGGCAGCUGCGCUCGUACCAGCACGAGGUGGAGAUGGUGGAGAAGCGAUUGGAUGCGAGCAGGGCGCAGGCGGCGACGCUGGAGAAGGAGCAUGCGGCACAGAUGGCCAAGCUGAACGAUGACAUGAGCAGCGCACGCGCCGCGGCCGACCGCGAGAAGGAGGAGAUUCGCCAGUGCCUGCAGGCAACGCUUGCAGAGGCGGAGGCGGCCAAGACACAGGCACAGGCGGACGUGGCGUUGCUGCAGCAGCAGAUUGACGACCUUCAAACAGCGCUGGAGAUGCUGCAGGGGCAGGUGACACAGGAGCAGGAAGCAGCCGAAGCAGCCACACGUGCUCGAAGGACAGCGGAGGAGGACUGCGCGCGUGUGCAGGCGGAGCUGUCGAACCUCCAAGCCGAACUCGAGGGCAUCAGGGGCGAAGUUGAGUUGGCCCAGGCAGCCGCGCUGCGGCGAGAGGAGGAAGAGGCGGCAACACAGGCGGCGAUAACAGCACGCAGGGCGACGGAGGAGGAGGUGGCGAAGAUGAAGGAGGAAGCAGAGCGCCUGCUGAAGGAAGCGGAACAGCGCAAGGCGGAGGAAGAGGCGCUGUUGGCGGAGGUGCGGGCGAAGCAGGAGGCCGAGGAGCGUCGGUUGGCGCAGCAGGCCGAGCAGAAGCAGGAGAGGCAGUUUGAGCGAAACAAGAAGAACCCACGCGUCAGACAGGCCAACAAGACGAUCGUGCUGCGCCGGCUGAGCAAGCGCGGUACGCAGCACUUUGGCUUCAGUGUCGUGGGCGGAUAUGACGUGGACGGGCUGCAGCCGCACGUGGCCACCAUUGACGAGUUUGGGCCUGCUGCGGAAUCAGAUCUCCACGUCGGCGACUUUAUCGUCUCCAUUAACGGACAGCGGUAUGUCAAGUCGUCGCUGAAGAAGAUUGAGCACGCGAUUGCCGUUGCCGGACGGAGCGGCCGCCUGUCCCUCUCCGUGCACCGUGACUACUCGGGAAAGUUUGUGACCCACUCUGCCAUUGCGCUCGGGGUGAGUCUCAACGCAGAGGGAGAGGAGCCCUCGAAACGGCCCCGAUCGCCACGCAAGCUGUCGUCCACACCGCGGCGCCAGAACAACAAGGUGGCAAACGUGGCAAUGGCGGUGGCGCGCACCAAGGCGGCCGUGAACCGCGUCAAGAAGACCAAAUCGUCAUCGUCAUCAUCGUCCCCCUCGAGCCCAUCAUCGUCAUCAGCAGCAGCAACAUCGACAAUGUCAGCAGGGAGUGCCGGCCUGAGGAGCAAGAGCGCUUCGGCCACGCCAACGGGCGCCAGCAGGGGCAAGAGCAGGGUUGGCAAGACAAGCAAACCAGUAACGGGGCAGACACGGCGUGGCGAUGGUGUCGCAGGUGGUGAUGGUGCAACCACGACAAGCGCGAGCACACCCUCUUCAACGCAGUCGACGCCUGCCAAGGUCGGGUUUGGGGUGCGGACACCAAGUACCACCUCUUCCUCGCCUGUCACACCAACCACGUCCACCCCAUCCACCCCUGGUGGGAACAGGUCCGGCGUGGUGACGAUUGGCAGCACUUCGCGCCGGCCCAUCUCUGGUGGUGGCGGCGCACGUGUGCGGCAACCGAAGAGUCCCCACGCGUCGUCACCGCUUGCACGGCGCCAGGGACCGCCGCAAUCCAUGCCUGCGUCCCCGCUCUCAUCCCCAGCAAAGGGAUCCACAACCGGCGGCACCAAGCCGCAGCAGCCGCAGCAGCGGGUGUCGCUGCGUGAUUUGUCGCGCCGUGCCAGUGCGAAGAAGGCGUCGGUGCCGCGCGCGACGGAGGCCGCAGAGAUGCCCGUGGUCGUCGUCACAGAUGAGGCGGCGGCGCCCGCACCACACACCGACACGAGCACGAACACCGACAGCAGCACAGCAGUUGAAGGCGAGCGUGGCGCUGUUGACGAUGACGAUGGUGGUGACGGUGGUGAUGGUGGUGAUGGUCGUGCGGUGAGAGCGACAACAGCAGCCGCGGGUGAUGAGGUGUCGGAGGCAGAUGAGGCCACCGAGGAGCAGCAGGAAGGUGGGGCUGUUGAGGGAGAUGAUGAUGAUGAGGGAAGCGCACCAAGCCGUGCCGCGGGGAAGAACCCGUCGGAGGCAACAGGUGGUGAUGGCGACAAUGGGGAGAGCAGCGUCAGCGAAUCAACACCAGCAACGACUGAAGUUGAACGCGAGGGCACUGUGCUUGAAGAGGCGCAGGGAGAGGAGCAGUAGGUGCUCACGAUGGGAUUACGAGAACAGGUGCGAGACGGCUGUUCUGCUGUUGGUCUAGAGAGAGAGAAAGAGAGAGAGACAGAGAGAGACAGAGAGAGAGAGAUUGUUGGCAUGACAAUCUUCUGUAUACUACACCACCACCAACAACAACAACAGCACUGUGCGAUUAUUUCGCUGCAUGGAUGCAUGUCCUUCACCACACGACUCGUCGUUUACCUUCUUUUUUUUUCGUUGCAGCUGCUGCUGGAGUCCAGCACGUGCUCGCAUGGCUGCGUACUGCGUAUCAUUAUUUCUGAUUUGCUUCUUCUUCUGGUUGUUGCUGUGGGUGUGGUGCGAGGGAGUGAGUGAGAGAAGUGGAAGCGGAGAGACUGUUGUCCAUCUCCUUUCGCGCUUGCCGCUUUUGUUUGCUGCUUUGCACUGAGCACCCAUUCAAACCGACUCCAACGACAGUCAGUGAGUCGUGGCAGG